GUGAGGGAGCGAGGAGUGGCUGGGCGUGAGUGUGUGAGUGUAUGUGGGAACGAGUGUGUGUGAGAACGAAUGUGUGUGUGAGUUGGGGUGAGGGCGACCCAGGGCGACUGCGAGACAGUGAGAAAGUGGGCGAGUGUGCGAGGGCCCUGGCCUGGCUGCGGGAGCCGCGGUUGCGGAGAAAAGAGGCGGCUCCCGGCAUCCCGACCCCAUCCCCCUUCUCGGACCUUCAGCCCCCUCGGCAGCCCGCGUUUCCCUCCGAGGCCCCAACCCGGCUAGGUCGCCGAGAUCGGGGGAGUGGCCGCCCGAGCCAGGUGCUGGAGUCUGCUUGUCAGGGAGGGGGGCAGUCUGUGAUUCUGAGAACAGAGAGCCAAGAAGGGGAACAGCAAAUUCAGUCACAUACCAUCCUCCACUCAGCCAAGAGCCACUUUUUCUUCCCGCCUUCCCCCCUGCAGGGGAGGGAAAUUACCAGCAACAUCUUACGGUAAAUCCUCUUAUCCCUUCUCAGCAAUAUUGUGAAGAAACACACUAAAGUGGACAUUCUUUUUUCCUCUGACCAAUGAACACCAGCCAAGCUUCAGGCAUUAGUUUGUUGGGGCACAGGAUGAACCAAAUCGUUUAAAGUAUCUCCCAAUUCUUCCUUUGCCCAAUUUGUUUCCACCUGGAAUUUGCUACUGGGAAAAAGUAUACAUUCAGGAGGAAAUAAUCAGGAAAAGGAAGAAUAAGAAGAUCAAGAUGUGUAGCUCUGUGGCUGCCAAAUUGUGGUUUUUGACAGAUCGUCGGAUCAGGGAAGACUAUCCCCAAAAAGAGAUCUUACGAGCAUUAAAGGCCAAGUGUUGUGAGGAGGAACUGGACUUUAGGGCUGUGGUGAUGGAUGAAGUGGUGCUGACAAUUGAGCAAGGAAACUUGGGUCUUAGGAUCAAUGGAGAACUAAUUACUGCCUACCCCCAGGUGGUGGUAGUGAGAGUACCAACCCCUUGGGUACAAAGUGAUAGCGACAUCACUGUUUUGCGCCACCUAGAGAAGAUGGGAUGCCGGUUGAUGAACCGACCUCAAGCCAUCCUGAACUGUGUGAAUAAGUUCUGGACGUUUCAAGAGUUGGCUGGCCAUGGUGUUCCUCUGCCAGAUACUUUCUCUUAUGGUGGCCAUGAAAAUUUUUCUAAAAUGAUUGAUGAAGCAGAAGUACUGGAGUUCCCGAUGGUAGUGAAGAAUACACGGGGUCAUCGAGGCAAAGCUGUUUUCUUAGCUCGAGAUAAGCACCAUUUGGCGGAUCUGAGCCAUCUUAUUCGCCACGAAGCUCCAUACCUGUUCCAGAAGUAUGUGAAGGAGUCUCAUGGACGGGAUGUGCGUGUCAUUGUUGUGGGAGGCCGUGUGGUUGGCACCAUGUUACGUUGUUCCACAGAUGGGAGGAUGCAAAGCAACUGUUCACUAGGUGGUGUGGGGAUGAUGUGCUCAUUGAGUGAACAAGGGAAGCAGCUAGCUAUCCAGGUGUCUAAUAUCCUGGGGAUGGAUGUGUGUGGCAUUGACCUGUUGAUGAAAGAUGACGGCUCCUUCUGUGUCUGCGAGGCCAAUGCAAAUGUAGGUUUCAUCGCCUUUGAUAAGGCUUGUAAUCUAGAUGUAGCUGGUAUCAUAGCGGACUAUGCCGCCUCCCUUCUGCCCUCUGGCCGGCUCACCCGGCGUAUGUCCCUGCUCUCUGUGGUGUCCACGGCCAGUGAGACUAGUGAGCCGGAGCUGGGUGCCCCAGCCAGCACUGCUGUUGACAACAUGAGCGCAAGUUCCAGCUCUGUUGACAGCGACCCUGAAAGCACCGAGCGAGAACUGCUCACCAAGCUCCCAGGGGGCCUAUUCAACAUGAACCAGCUGCUAGCCAAUGAAAUUGAACUCCUGGUGGAGUGACUCCACUGGUAAAUAAUUAACCAACAAAACCCUUGUAAAACUUUCUUUUUCUUUUUUUUCUUUAUUAUUUUUAACCAACUUGCAAUGCUGUUCAUGGAAUAUGCUCAGGAAGAUGAGACAAAAAUGAGUACGAUUAGUUAGAAAGGAAGAAGAGGGAGAUAGACAAGACUUCUGCUGUUAAGAUGUUAUUGACUUUCAUUUAAAAUUAUACAUAGAGGCUAGGCACAAGAGGUGAGCUACAGAGAAAUGUCAGGUUCUCAUAGUUACCCUUUAUUUACUCAAAAAUGUGUGUGUUCUCAGGCCAUAAUGAACAUACAGAAUUUUUUCAUGGUUCCUUGCUUUUGUUUUUGUCCAGUUGGUAGAAAUUUCAGAAUAGCAUAACUUCACAUUGUGUGGCAAAGAUUUAUAAUGGGGUAAGGAAAACAUCUAUCUAAAUUAUAGAAUUUUUUAUACAAAUCUGAAAAUUCUGCCUUUAACGUAUUAACUAGCAGCUUUAUAUACAUAGUUUAUGAAGUCUUGAGGGGCUCUUACUGGGAUUUAUUAUUUCUGUUUUUAGUUUUUCAUUUAAUUUGGGUGGGAGGGCAUUGUGAAUAUGACCCAAUAAAGGUUUUUUUUUUAAUGACAAAAGUGGCAUGUUUGCAUGAUGAAAGGGAAAUGAACAGUAUUGCAAUGUCUGGUACACAGAAUAACAUUUACUCCAAUGUAGAUAAAAUUACACUAGUUUAAAAUAUGUGCAUUGACUUGUAUUUGUUAGUGUUUUGGUCUUUUUUGAAAAAUAUAUGCUCUGUUAAUGUUGCAUUUUUUUUAAACAUGCUAGUCUAACAUUCCCGGAUCUAUGCCUGCAUCUUUAACAAUGGCCAAAGUGAAGAAAAUGCUACCCUUUUUUGUUAACAAGAAACUGACUUGAAAUGUACAGUUAAAGCCCUUUUUUUUUUCUUUCCCUAAUUUUAUUUUGGUGGUUGGGCAUUUAGAGAAUAAGGACAAGGGAAAAUAUUUUUCAGGGGCAAAUCAAUGGCCUUUGAGUUCUUAAGCAUAAGCUGCAGUGAUUUCUAAUCCCAACAUUAUAUAUUUUCAUUUUUCACAUAAUAGGGAGUAUAUAUGUGUAUGUGUGUGCACGCAAGCAUGUGUAUGUGUUCUGCUUUUUUUGUUUAUACCAACCAAUCAAAAAGGAUAGAUUUUAGAAAAUGGAGCAUGAUGGGAUACACAUUUUUUUUUUAUUUAAAAAAAACAGAUUCAUUGCUUUUAUAACUAUUCUCCAUUGGGGUAGAGGUAUUCACCUGAAGACAUAAGGAAAAUAGAUGCUUCUUAGGCCUUUUUUGUGUGUAUGUUUGAUUUUUUUUCUGUUUCUAGACUGUUCAUUGUAUGAUUUAUUCAAGCCCACAUGCUUUUCUUCAGUGCUUCUGGCCGUGUGUUUUCUCCUAUUACACACAGGUUUUAGGGUGGGUUAGGCUGGGCAUUUUUGUUUGGGGACUUAGCAAUAUUGAGUCUCUUAUAGCCCUACUCUGAAGCCCUCAGUAUUCUCCACCAUUUAUAUUCCUUUACUUUGUGGAUUUAUAAAAGCCCAAAACUGCACAUAAGAUGAGCCUUUACAGCAUGGUUAAAACGAUCCCAGUGAUGGGUUAGAAGGUGUAUUAAGAAAUGGAGAUGCUCCAGAGCGCAACGUAAUUUUUUUUUUUUUAAACAGCAAGUUUCAUCUCCCUACAAUCCUCUGAAGCUUUUACCCAAGUCCUUUCUAGCCUCUCCAGUGCUUUUUUUCCUUCAGAUGGACCUUAAACUUAAUUUCUUGGACACUGCUAGAGAGACUUCGAGGCAAUAAUAAAAGCUCAGUAUUAACCAACUCUAACAGAGGUUUGAUCAUGCUUACUUGUACAGUUUUCCCCCUGUUUUAAAGGAAUGUAAUAAAAUUUGUUUUUCCCCAUA